UACAUGAUGGAUCUCAAAAUCCGACCACCCAGCUUCAGGACGACCACCCCCGACGGAUGAGAACCAUCACUGCCAAGCCCAGGGCCGCCGUCUCGGGGCGCCCGCAUGAUGCAGAUCAAGACCAGGAGCGCCACCACGAUCCAAAGCCGAAUUAGAGGUUAAGCAGCUGCAACAUGGCCGCCGCCACGCCGCUGCGGCUACAGACCCGCCGCCACACUCCAGCCGUCGUUGUCCGCCAUCACCACCGAGGAGAUCAAGAUCAGAACCGCUGCAGUGAUCUUGAGCAGCUGGCGCGCGAGAAGAAGGCCGUCGCCGGCGGCGGCGGAGAGGAGAGUGGUGACGGGGGACCGAAAGAGGGAGGCGGGGAAGCCCCGGUGCGGCGCGGCGGCGCUGCACGGGAGCGGGGGUAGGGUCGGGUGAGAUGGCGACUGAGGAAGGAUCCGGCGGCGGCGCUAGAUCGAGUCACGAGUCCUCCUGGUGACUGGUUGCUAGUCCUCCCGAUCCGUGUUUUAUGCCGCUUUCAUCGUGUAGGGCAUUCAAAGUCUGGAAAGAAAGUCAAGGUUCUCAGGUUUCUUUAGUUUGUAAGGUUCAGAACUUGGGUUCUGAUUUUUUGAUGAUGAUUGGUAUGUUUAGAGCCAUACGCUAGCCAGCAAUUUUACUGGCCACAAGAAAUAUCAGAAACUAAAGAGGCAGAAUGGAAAAGGACAGUGCCAUACGCUCCAACCACCAACUUCUGGUGAGGCGCCCUUGCUUGCAGAUACCAUACCACAGCUCCACCCCAGAAUCCAUAAAGCCUCCGCAGCAACAAUGGGAGCUAAGCUUCCGAGCUCAGCAAUUUCAGGAUGCUGAUGCCGUUUCUAGCUCAGGCCUCUCAAACUACACUCCCUGUUGCGAGUUGUUCUGGGCUGCAUCGCCGCCACCCGGCGCGGAAUUUCGGCCGAUAUUGUAGAUGGUGGGGGGCAAGAAGCAAGGCAAUUCAUUCCCCUCGCAGCGUAUUUGGACCCACUAAUGGCGCUCCAUCUAGUGAUAUUGUGAAGAAAAGAAAGAUAGUGGAGCACAUUAUUCUGCUCAGAGCCAAGCCAAACAUCUCAGAUGCUGAAGAAAAGGACAUGCUUGAUUACUUAUAUACAUCUCAGUAUCAGAUGAGAGGGAUACUCACUGUGUCAUUAGGCCGCAUAGAAGGCCCUAACAGCGAGAGCUUCACGCAUGCUGUCUUCAUGCGUUUCCAACAGAAAGAAGACAUUGCAAAGUUCCAGAGUAGCUCCUACUAUUCCAAAGUUCUCGACGAGCACGUCAAACCCGUUUCCUAUGGCUUGGUUUCUGUAGAUUUUGAAUCUGAGGUGGAAGAUGACAUUAUCCCUCUCUUUCGGAGGGGCGAGGAUUUCAACUACGGUGUCGAGUUUAUGUUGUUGAUAUCUUUCUUGGAGACUGCAUCCAGAGAGUCUGUGGAGGAUGCAUUAGCCCAUCUUCAAAAGCUGAUCAUCCACUACAGUUCUUUCAUUGUUCAGGCAACGUCAGGUUGCUGUCUGGAUCAUAUGGAUGGUCUGUACAGUCACGCUGCAGUUAUCCGUUUUCCAUCAAUCGACGACUUCAAAUUAUUCAAGGAGAGCACGGAAUACAAGGAUAUGUGGACAUCCAAAUUUCAUCCGGUUACCGAGAGAUGUCUCGAGCUGCAUUUUGUCGUCGACCCAGUCGGCAACCAGCUGAUGUAGAUUCUGAGCCCUUGUGCUCUGAAACUGAACCUGAAAUGGAACCUUGUCACAUCCGAAAGAGAGUUCUUGUGUUAGUGUGCUGUGUAUAUCAUUUCAUUUUUCUUCGGCUUGGGUGAUCUUCUGCCCAUGUCCAGAUUGGGCUCCACGAGGCAGUGACUGACGAGCGAUGUUGUAAGGUCUAUCUUCUUGUUCAGCACGGAUGAAUGAGUACAAUGUUAUAAGAAAAAUGGAUGUGUAUAGUCGGAUA